UCAGGUAUUCAACAGAGAAAUUUCUCAGCCUCCUACUUCUGCUUUUGAAAGCCAUAAAACAGCGAGGGAGAAACUGGCAGACAGCAAACCUCUUCGAGGCACAAGGCACAACAGGCUGCUCUGGGAUUCUCUUCAGCCAGUCUUCAUUGCUCAAGUGUCUGAAGCAGCCAUGGCAGAAGUACCUGAACUCGCCAGUGAAAUGAUGGCUUACUACAGUGGCAACGAGGAUGACUUGUUCUUUGAAGUCGAUGGCCCUAAACAGAUGAAGUGCUCCUUCCAGGACCUGGACCUUUGCCCUCUGGAUGGCGGCAUCCAGCUACGAAUCUCCCACCAGCACUACAGCAAGGGCUUCAAGCAGGCCGUUUCAGUUGUUGUGGCCAUGGACAAGCUGAGGAAGAUGCUGGUUCCCUGCCCACAGAACUUCCAGGACAAUGACCUGAGCACCUUCUUUCCCUUCAUCUUUGAAGAAGAACCUAUCUUCGACACAUGGGAUAACGAGGCUUAUGUGCACGAUGCACCUGUACGAUCACUGAACUGCACACUCCGGGACGCACAGCAAAAAAGCUUGGUGAUGUCUGGUCCAUAUGAACUGAAAGCUCUCCACCUCCAGGGACAGGAUAUGGAGCAACAAGUGGUGUUCUCCAUGUCCUUUGUACAAGGAGAAGAAAGUAAUGACAAAAUACCUGUGGCCUUGGGCCUCAAGGAAAAGAAUCUGUACCUGUCCUGCGUGUUGAAAGAUGAUAAGCCCACUCUACAGCUGGAGAGUGUAGAUCCCAAAAAUUACCCAAAGAAGAAGAUGGAAAAGCGAUUUGUCUUCAACAAGAUAGAAAUAAAUAACAAGCUGGAAUUUGAGUCUGCCCAGUUCCCCAACUGGUACAUCAGCACCUCUCAAGCAGAAAACAUGCCCGUCUUCCUGGGAGGGACCAAAGGCGGCCAGGAUAUAACUGACUUCACCAUGCAAUUUGUGUCUUCCUAAAGAGAGCUGUACCCAGAGGGUCCUGUGCUGAAUGUGGACUCAAUCCCUAGGGCUGGCAGAAAGGGAACAGAAAGGUUUUUGAGUAUGGCUAUAGCCUGGACUUUCCUAUUGUCUACACCAAUGCCCAACUGCCUGCCUUAGGGUAGUGCUAAGAGGAUCUCCUGUCCAUCAGCCAGGACAGUCAGCUCUCUCCUUUCGGGGCCAAUCCUCAGCCUUUUUGUUGAGCCAGGCCUCUCUCACCUCUCCUACUCACUUAAAGCCCGCCUGACAGAAACCACGGCCACAUUUAGUUCUAAGAAACCCUCUGUCGUUCGCUCCCACAUUCUGAUGAGCAACCGCUUCCCUAUUUAUUUAUUUAUUUGUUUGUUUGUUUUAUUGAUUGGUCUAAUUUAUUCAAGGGGGGCAAGAAGUAGCAGUGUCUGUAAAAGAGCCUAGUUUUUAAUAGCUAUGGAAUCAAUUCAAUUUGGACUGGUGUGCUCUCUUUAAAUCAAGUCCUUUAAUUAAAACUGAAAAUAUAUAAGCUCAGAUUAUUUAAAUGGGAAUAUUUAUAAAUGAGCAAAUAUCAUACUGUUCAAUGGUUCUGAAAUAAACUUCACUGAAAAAAAAAAAAAAAAAA